UGCCCGCUGUCGUGCCUGGUGACUCGGUGCCCGCUGUCAUGCCAGAUGACUCGGUGCCCGCUGUUCUGCCAAAUGACUCGUUGCCCGCUGUCGGGCUUGGUGACCCGGUGCCCGCUGUUCUGCCAGAUGACUCGGUGCCCGCUGUCGAGCCAGAUGACUCGAUGCUCGCUGUCGAGCUUGGUGACCCGGUGCCCGCUGUUCUGCCAGAUGACUCGGUGCCCGCUGUCGAGUUUGGUGACUCGGUGCCUGCUGUUGUGCCAGAUGACUCUGUGCCCGCUGUCGUGCCAGAUGACUCGGUGCCCGCUGUCGUGCCAGAUGACCCGCUGUCGUGCCAGAUGACCCGGUGCCCGCUGUCGUGCCAGUUGACUCGGUGCCCGCUGUCGAGCUUGAUGACUUGGUGCCCGCUGUUCUGCCAGAUGACUCGGUGCCCGCUGUCGAGCUUGAUGCCUUGGUGCCUGCUGCCUCACCUGAUGGCCCGGUGCCUGCUGCCUCAUCUGAUGGCCCGGUGCCUGCUGCCUCAUCUGAUGGCCCGGUGCCUGCUGCCUCAUCUGAUGGCUCGGUGCCUGCUGCUCCGCCUGAUGGCCUGGUGCCUCGCCUGAUGGCCCGGUGCCUGCUGCCUCGCCUGAUAACCCGGUGCCCACGGCUCCGCCUGAUGGCUCGGUGCCCGCUGUCGUGCCAGAUGACUCGGUGCCCGCGGUCAUGCCAGAUGA